AUGCAUAAGGUCUUGAGAUCACUGGCAAAGAAACACAAACUGAGCAAUCAAAAGAGGGACAACCGCUGUAUGACCAUUGACAACCUCAAAGCGGAGAUUGAGACGAGACUGAGCACGACGAGGAAGUUGUUUGACCUUGGAGAGCUCCGGAUUCUUACCAUUUUAUUUCUUCUCUUCCUGGCUCCUGCCGGCUGGUGCCUGAAAUCCAUCUUGCGGCUCCGAUUUGGAGAUAUUUGGGUUGUAUUAGCGGAAGAUCCUGACAGCGGGCCACACAAGCUUUUGAUCAACUUUACUCUUGAGUUUAUUGAGACGUAUUUUGGGACAAAAGAUGCGUAA